AUGGGAUAAUCAUAAUCUUCAAAUUUAUAGCAAUCUAGAAUGUAAGUUCCAAAAAUCAGUUAACUGCAAUUUUGGAAAUAGGUUAAUGAUAUCAGAUAUGGAGAAAUAAAAGUUUAUAAAUUAAAUGAUGGACACACUGUAGCUGUGAAAGAUCAUAUUUUGUAAGAUGAAGAAUAAUGGCUUAAAUUUAAAUAAUCAGCAGAAGUGAACAUUGCUUCAAAAGAUAAGGAUUUGUUUUUAAUCUAAAUGAUUGAUUUAUAACAUGUCACAGAAAAGGAAUUAUGUACCUAGUUGACAUAAGCUCAUAGUGUUUAUGAAUAUUUUGAUGAAUAUUUGGAAAGAGUAAUCAGUGAAUAGAAUGCUACAAAACAACAUUUUGAAGAAAUCGAAAUAGUUGCUAUGAUUCAUUGCACAGUAUAAAAUUUAUAUUAUAAAUAUAAAGUUAGUAGCAUUAUAAAAAUUAAAUAAGCAAUAGAAAUCGCAUGGAGAUAUACGUCCAUUAACAAUAAGUGUAACUUCGUUUCCGAAGAAAAGUGCUUAUCGAUAGAAUGAACCUCUUCCAGUUUACAAAUUGACUGACAUAUAGGAAUUGACAGAUAUGAAUGCAUUUAGAAGAUGUGUCGCUAAAUAACAUGCUUCCUAUAAUUUAAGUCCAGAAUAAUUAUCCUUCCUAAAAUAAAGAGUCUUGAGACCAACAUAUGAUUUAGAUAAAUCAGAUGUCUUUAGUACUGGAUUAACAGCAUUAUAAAUGGCUACUCUCAAUAGUAUCAAUGAUAUUUAUGAUUAUUCCAACUAUCUCAUAAUUACUGAUAAACUAGAUAAUUAUAUAAGAGAAAUGAAAACAUUAUAUAGUGAAUAAUUGUGUUCUAUAAUAUGUUAACUAUUAUAAUUAGCUCCUGAAAAUAGACCCAAUUCAUAUUCAGCUAAUAACUUAUUGAUAGGUUUCAGAUUUUAAUUAGAGGAUUAUUUUAGAGUAAAUUAUUGAAAUCUAUAUAUAAGCAAUCUACUAUAUAAGAAUAUUCUCCUAAUUAUUCUAUCAACUUUGGAUAGUCUAAUUAGAUUUCUAAUAAAAUAUAAGAACCAUAAAUAGCACAGAGUAAAAUAAUUGAUACCACUGAUAUUUAUGAAUAAAUGGAGAUUCUCGAAUAACGUGCUAAGGUAGCAUUAUCAAGAAGCUAAGACGCAUAAGUUAGAUAUCAAAGAACACCAGGGAAAAAUGUCAAAUCUACUUAAUGGGAACCAACUAGAAGUUAUUAAAUUUACAAUAAUCUGACUCCAAUUACUUAAAAGGAACUACAAUUAUAAUUAAGUGAUUAGAAGUAAGAAAUUUAAUCUAAUAAACAAUCAUCUUAUUAUUAAAGAAAUAAUGCUCCAUAGUAUUUAUUAUAAGAAGUUAAUUAAUAUUAAAAUCAUUAAGGUGAAGAGGAAUAUGAAUAUAAUUAAUAAGAGAUUGAUGAAAAGCCUAUUUAAAGUGUUGUAGAACCAAUUGAAUUGGCCAAUUCAAAUUAAAAAUUAUAUCCUCAACGACCUAUCAAUAAGAAUACAGCCUCUUUUUCUCAUUAACAGUUAUUCGAAUCUAUAAAUACUGAAUAGGCUAAACCCUAUAAUCAAACCUAUAAUAACUAUUAAUAGUAUUCUUAAUAAUCAAUAAAAUAAUAAUAUGAAUAAUAAUAAUAAGAGUCUUAUUUAAAAGGAUCGAAUUAUUAGUAACCUAGAUAAUCUCAAAUUCUCAGAGAUUAGUAAAUUACCAAAUAAUUAACUGGUUAAUUUGAUAUAAAAUAACCAGUAAAUAAUGAUAAUUAUUAUCAAUAAUAAUAAUCUUAAUUUGCUAAAACAACUGAACCUUAAAACAUUUAUCCUUAAAUGGAAUAUUAACAUCAACAAUAAAAUGAAUAUCAGCAAUAAAGAUAUAAUCCCUAGAUAGCAGAAUCCUAUGAUUCAUAAUAAUCUAGUCAUAGCAAAUAAUAAAUUUAAGUAGUACAAGAAUAACCACUACUUAGACAAUCAAAACCUAAUUUAUCAAGAUAAUUAACAGGAUCAAUAGUUGAGACAAGAAAGUCGAUUAAAUAAUGAUUAAUUAUAAUGAUAAUAAUUAUUG